CCAUUGACAACAACAACCUAUUGGAAAACGUAUUGACAAAUUUUGGAGCGGAUUUUGCAAAAGCGAAGCGAAGAAAACGUGCUUUAUCUGCCACAUUUGCGGCAUUGAGAUUGGAUCGAAAUCCUUCCAAAUAGCCCGGCAUAUUUAGCACAUUUUUUGCGCCAAGUCUUUUGCAAACGAGCGAGCAACAGGUUGCCAGAGGUCCUUCUAUUAGUCACGGAAAAGGUCAACAUUUGAGAUGAGCUGUCGGCCGCCUCAAUGCCGUGCACCGAGCAAGCCCUGCAGCAGCGGACCCUGCGGAGGAUGCAAGCCCUGUGAAGGAUGUGGACCCUGCGGAGGCUGCGGACCAUGUGGACCCUGUGGCGGCUGUUGCUGUUGCCAGCAGCCGUGUGCCGUGAUCUCGUACGAGCUGACCAGCGGUCCGGUCGGACCCGUUCUCCCCUGCAUGCAGUGCCUCUGCUGCAACGGCGGCUGCACCUGCAGCUGUGCCCCGCCCUUCUAUUAUGUGCCCAACAGGUGCGGCUGCUGCUACGAGUGGGGCUGUUUUGGGCCCUUCUACUAGCCAUGGCAGAGGUGACAACUCAAUGCCGGCUGCCCCGCCCGCCCACUCGUCACGGUUGUCCUGGCUGUUGUUGCACUUUUGAUGAAACUUUUCAUAUUUUUGACUGCAAUAAAUUCACGUGUCACACAGAGAUG